CCUGCGGGAUUUGGGGGCCAAUCGGCAGCGCCGAUGGAGCCUGGCCUGCCAUUGGCUGACGUCCACCGGAAGCACAUGCGGGCUCGGCCUGAGGUGCUGGUCUUUGAGGCGCUACAGCAGGACCGCCAGCCUUGAAGUUGGGGCGCAGUGCAGUGACUUUAAAGGUUCUCUGGGGAGGCGGAGGACGGAGCCACUGGCCCUGUGAACAAAAUGGGAGAUGCUGAGGCAGGCAAGAAGAUCUUUGUUCAAAAAUGUGCUCAGUGCCACACAGUGGAAAGAGGUGGAAAACAUAAGACUGGUCCAAAUCUCUGUGGCCUUUUUGGCAGAAAAACAGGACAAGCACCAGGAUUUUCUUAUUCUGAUGCAAACAAAAACAAAGGUGUUAUCUGGGGAGAGGAGACUCUGGUGGAAUAUUUGGAGAACCCAAAGAAAUAUAUCCCUGGAACUAAAAUGGUCUUUGCUGGUCUUAAAAAGAAGAGUGAGAGAGAAGAUCUUAUUCAGUAUUUGAAACAGGCAACAUCUUCAUGAAAUGCUCUUACAACUUAGAAAAUAUUAGUUAUAACCAAAAUUUUCCAAUUUCAAACAUUGCAUGUUUAAAGAAUUCGUAUUUGAUCUUUAUUGAUCAGCCUGUAGUAAGUUUAACAUUUUAAAAUAAAAGUUGGUAUUUUUGA